GCUGCACUGACAGGGCGGGCGCUUGCGGCCUUUCCUGGGCGUGCCCGGCUGGUCCUCUCGGCUUGGCUCCGCCUGGCUGCUCUGGCCCCGGAAACACACGUGAUGCCAGGCAGGGAGGGAAAGGAGGCAGGCUUUCCCGGCCAGGAAGAAGAAGAAGGAGAAGAAGAGAUGGAGGCGGAAAAGGAGAAGGCGGAGGAAGAAGAGGAAGAAGAAGAGGAGGCAGGGAGCGGCGUGGCUCAGGCUCAGCCCCAGGAGGGCGGCUUGGGCGCCGAGCCCUCAGUCGAGGCAGAGGCGGAGAAGCAGGAGGCGCAGGCGCAGUCGCAGUCGCCGCCGGUUCCCACCAGGUUGGAGGAAAUUGUUGCAUCCAAACCAGGGAAAACACCGAUUCAGCUGUUACACGAAUAUGGCACAAAGGCAAACCUCAAUCCAAUAUAUGAAUGUGAAAAUGCUGCGGGAGAAGUACAUAUGCCAAUCUUCACCUAUAAAGUCACCUUAGGCAAUGUAACUGGAACAGGAGAAGGGCCCAGCAAGAAAAUUGCCAAGCAUAGAGCUGCCGAAGCUGCGCUGAAUAUUAUGAAAGGCAACUCAGUUGUUUGUAUUGCUGUGCCAGAUCACUUAAUCCCUGGAGCAGUCAAUCAAGCACAGAAUAAGACUAAUCCUGUAGGAUCUCUCCAGGAGCUGGCUAUUCAGAAAGGUUGGAAACUUCCAGAGUAUUCAAUGGCACAGGAGACAGGCCCGCCUCAUAAGAGAGAGUUUACAGUGACUUGCAGAAUAGAAGCCUUUGUGGAAACAGGGAUGGGGACAUCCAAAAAACUAGCUAAGCGAAAUGCAGCUGAGAAAUUACUUCGCAAAUUCCAGAAUUUUUCUGGAGAUAACAUCUCUCUUAAUUUAAGUCGCAAUUUGGGGUGUACCUGGGAUACCUUAAGGAAUUCCUCCAGAGAAAAAAUCACUCUGCUGAAGAUGAGCCCGCUGAGUAUUCCAAACACAGAUUACGUUCAUCUCCUUAGAGAAAUUGCGCAAGAACAAGGCUUUCAUGCGACGUAUUUGGACAUAGAGGAACUGAGUGUGAAUGGACAAUUCCAAUGUCUUGCAGAACUGUCAACCCAUCCAAUCACAGUUUGCCACGGGACUGGGAUCUCCUGGGGCAAUGCUCACAACGAUGCUGCUCAUAAUGCACUACAAUAUUUAAAAAUCAUGGCUGGGAGGAAAUAAGCUUCAAGCAAAAGGAAAUAUUUAGAAACAGAUAUCAUUUAAAAGGACCUAUCUAUUUAAGCUGAACAGUUUCCAAACUCUUGGGGCUGUUUUUUUAAAGUCACAUCACAAAAUCCACAUAUAUAUUUAUGCGUUAGAAUGAAAUAAUGAUUUACAUCAAUUAAUUGUGGGGUUUUCAUUUUGGAUAGCUAGACUCAGGAAGCACAGAUACCAGCACAGCUGCAGUCAUGGAGAAAGGGUUUGGCUGGCAUCUUGUAACUGGUGAACUACGAUAGCAUGAGUUGGACUUCCCCCAUUGCAACUCUUUUUUCUUGGUCACUGCAGAGGCUGGAAUUCUCUAACAACUGAGCAAUGACCAAUCUGUUCCUUCAGGUUCAACCCAGAGCUGGGUGCCAACACAUUGGCUUCCCCCACAGAGACCUUGGGAAGACCUCUGAACAGCUGACCAGACAAAGGUAGUUGGGCAUUCAUCAUCUUCCUGUGCUCUCCACUGACCAGAAAUGAGUGGGUUUGGGGGUUGGGCUGCAGCUGAAAAAGGGUGGGUUUUAGUGGGGAAGGGGUAGAACUAGUUGUGUCUCAUAGCUACAUCUCUUAAAUGCAAGAUUUUAGUUUUCUUGGGUUUGUUGGAUUAGAAUUCUCAGGACCAAGGUAGGAAUUUCUUCAAAUCAGAAGUGUGAAGUAGAUCUUUCUACUCAGAGAUUUCCAGGGAAGCAGUUUUACAGUAGAUCAGCAAGGGGUUUUGAUUCUUGUUUUAACAACGGUGGUGAUAAAAAAAUCUCCUUUUUUCUCCUUAAACUGAGUCGCUUAAGUCAAGAUAGGGAGAAAACAGGAAAUACUGGUGUGCAGUUCUAAUACUGAAAAUGAAUUUCUGCACUUGAUCGGCAAUUCUGUGCUUGUCUUCACUUACUGUAUUGCACCUGGCUCUAGUUGGUGGACCUCAGGUUUCUAAGGAAAAUCAAAUCAGAUCCCGCAACCCUUUUCCGAUCUACUGGCCCUGUCCGAGGAGACUGGCUGUUUCCAUGUCAGGUGGUGAAAGCACACUUGGUUUCAGUCUGCUCUUUCCUUCCAGGAGUUGUCCAAGGUGUCUCCAAAAUACUUUCAGCACCUUGGAAAGCUCCUUUUAGGUUCUGGCUAAAUCGUGAAGCAAAUUUACUGGUCCUGCUCUAACCAAGGAGUUGCCCUUGCUACACUCCAAUCACACUUUGGGCUCAACACAAUGAGAAUGUUGUGGCAUCAUAACAAGGUAUUAGCAGGGAAGAGGUCUGGCUCCAAUUUAACCAUGCAGUUAGACAACUAAAUUAACAAUAUAUUUAGAAUAGUGCCUUUUGUGGUACUCAGCAUAGUUCUCAAUAGCCAGGAGGAGGAUUUCAGACCCCUACCUACUCUGGUCCCUACAUGCCGACUUUAUAUAGGGGUAAGAAUGAUGCCCUACAAGUAUAUUGGACUACAACUCCCAGCAUUCCUCGCUAUAUUUAUGGGUUGCAGGAUCAUUUCUUAGCCGGUUUGAUCAUUGCUGUCCUUACUUUGACAAUACAUGUCUUUCUACCUCUUGUAUUUAAUGACAGAAUUAAAGCUUAGGAAGAAAAGGAAGUUUUGGAAUUUGAUCAAACUGUAGAGGAAAAUAUGUAACAGAAAUGGAACAUCUUUGUGAUUGAUAGAGAUUUGGGAUUGACACAGAUUGCAAAAACUUCUGUUUUUUCUAGUAUCUGAAUUGGGGCAACAUUUAGCACAGAUUUAUAGAAUUGUCGUGAAUUGUCUAGUAUCACCAAGUAGCUAUGAGCCCUUGCACCACACAUGCUAGUUUACCAGCUACUUCAUGAAAACCUCCAUAUAUGGGAUCUUGAAACCAAAGUUGCUAGUAUCUGAUUCUCCCCAAGAAAAAUACUGUUUUGAAAAGCUUUAUGUGAUGGCCAUGACAUGAAUUUUCCUGUAUUUGGAUUUCUCUCAUUGUGUGCAUUGUGGCCCUUUUUUAAUUUAUGGUUUGAAGAGUGUGUUUUUCUAGAAACAAUAUCUUUAUUAACAUCACUGCCGUUUUUCAUAAGAUAACUAUGUCAUUAGAAAUUCUUUAAUAAAUUGUUUUAAAGAAUAA